ACUUUGGAAACAGAAACAAGGAGGUGUGGAGUUUGUCUGAGAAUCACUACGGAGUUUAGUUACAGUAGGACAUUAACGAGCUUCAGUACAUGAGCAUUAAAAGUAGAACAUCAGUGUAAAGCAGGUGGUUUAAAGAUAAUCACAAUGACCCAACAAGGAGCAGCUCUGCAAACAUACAACAACGAGCUGGUCAAGUGUAUAGAGGAGCUGUUCUUUAAAAGAGAUGAGCUGAAUAAGCAGAUCCAGCAGGAGGAAGAGGAGAAGGCUCGUCUUCAGCAUGACAUCCGUGUGCUUACAGAGAAGUUAAGCCGCGUGUCCGAAAGUCUGGACCACCGCCUCGCUACACGCAAUGAGCUUGAUAGGACCAUCGCUGAGACAGAAGCUGCUUACAUGAAAAUUCUAGAAAGUUCUCAGACUCUUUUAAGUGUUUUGAAGAAGGAGACCGGAAACCUCACCAAAGCCACGGAGCCUCGGAGCAACAGAGACCGUUUACCUCUGUAGCUGUAUUUUUCAGGCUGAAAUGCUCAGACACCUUACAGCAUUUUACUUAGCUUUCAUAUCUUGAUAUUUUAAUAUUGAAUUUAUGUUCGUGAUCAUACACUGUAUUUAAAUGGGAUGUUUUUAAUAAAGGCUAUUUCUUGUGA